UAGAAGGUAGUGUAAAAUUAAAUUAUCCUGAACUGUCGACGUACAGUCUGUAAAACCUAAAAUAAAAUAACAAAUUAUAAUUUUAUUUGUACUGAUGGAGUUCUUAAUUUGUUACAAAUUAAAAAAAAAAAAAAAAAACACUAUUUCUCCCUAUUUUACAAUUAAAUAAGAACCCCGGUCAUUAUUUAAAGAUGACUGCAGUCCUCCAGGCCCACAGAUGGAGAUGCAAGACUACAAGGCAGCUGCCGCUCAGUGCUGUUCGUUUAUCUUCUUGUUUUUGAUGGCCCUUGUCAGUCUGUCCCGGUACUAUUGCCGCUCCAUGAUGGCGCUGGUGGGAUCCCUCCAUAAAGAGCUAGCAGAGACAGUCUCCGUUUGUCGGGUCCUUGUGGUAGGAGCUGGAGGAAUCGGUUGUGAGCUUCUCAAAAACCUCGUCCUUACCGGAUUCUCCAACAUCGAAGUGAUUGAUCUUGACAUCAUCGAUGUCAGUAACCUUAACCGUCAGUUUCUGUUCCAGAAGAAACAUGUUGGAAAGUCAAAAGCACAGGUUGCUAAGGAAAGCGUUUUACAGUUUUGUCCCAAAGCCAACAUUACAGCCUACCACGAUAGCAUUAUGAACCCAGAUUACAACGUGGAGUUUUUCAGGAAGUUUAUGCUUGUCAUGAAUGCUUUGGAUAACAGAGCCGCCCGUAACCAUGUGAACAGGAUGUGUCUGGCUGCUGACAUCCCCCUCAUAGAGAGCGGGACGGCUGGCUACCUGGGGCAAGUCGCUGUCAUUAAGAAGGGCGUAACGGAGUGUUACGAGUGCCAACCAAAACCAACACAGAAAACUUUCCCAGGCUGUACCAUCCGCAACACCCCAUCGGAGCCCAUCCACUGCAUCGUGUGGGCAAAGUAUCUGUACAACCAACUCUUUGGAGAGGAGGAUGCUGAUCAGGAAGUCUCUCCUGACACAGCAGACCCUGAAGCUGCCUGGGAGCCAGCAGAGACGGCAGCCAGAGCUGGAGCUUCUAAUGAAGACGGGGACAUCAAGAGAGUCUCCACAAAAACCUGGGCUAAAUCUAUUGGCUAUGACCCAGUCAAGCUCUUCAACAAGCUUUUUAACGAUGACAUCAAGUACUUGCUAACUAUGGACAAGCUGUGGAAGAAAAGGAAAGCUCCUGUCCCCUUGGACUGGAAUGAAGUUCAAAAACUAGAGGGGAGCAGUGCCCUCCAGGCAGAGUCCUCCACAGCAGGGUUGAAGGACCAGCAAGUGCUGGAUAUUAAAAGCUGCUCCCAGCUGUUUGCCAGGAGUGUGGAGACUCUAAGAGGCCAGCUGUAUGAGAAGGGAGAUGGAGCAGAGCUCAUGUGGGACAAGGAUGACCCUCCAGCGAUGGAUUUUGUGACAUCAGCGUCCAACCUGCGCAUGCACAUCUUCAGUAUGAACAUGAAGAGUCUCUUUGAUGUCAAGUCCAUGGCAGGGAAUAUUAUACCAGCUAUUGCUACCACUAAUGCAGUAAUAGCAGGCUUGAUUGUUCUGGAGGGUCUGAAGAUUUUAUCAGGGAAUAUUGAACAGUGUAAAACAAUCUUUUUGAACAAGCAGCCAAACCCAAGGAAGAAGCUCUUGGUGCCGUGUGCGCUGGACCCUCCCAAUGCCAACUGUUACGUGUGUGCCAGCCGGCCGGAGGUGAUGGUCAAGCUGGAUGUGCACAAAACACUAGUGCUGAGCUUGCAGGACAGGAUUUUGAAAGAGAAAUUUGGCAUGGUGGCUCCAGACGUUCAGAUUGAGGAUGGUAAAGGGACUAUUCUGAUUUCUUCAGAAGAAGGAGAAACUCAGGGAAACAAUUCCAAGUGUCUGUCUGAAUUUGGAAUCCGUCAUGGAAGCCGGCUGCAGGCUGAUGAUUUCUUGCAAGAUUAUACUCUCUUGGUAAACGUCCUUCACUGCGAGGACCUGGAGAAGGAUGUUGAGUUUGAGGUGGUUGGGGACACCCCUGAUAAGCCUAUAGAGAAGACCGCAGAGGAGCUUGCUAAGAGCAUCGCCAAUGGCAGCGAUGAUGGUGCACAGCCAUCCACUUCAAAAGCUCAAGUUCAAGAUGAAGUGUUGAUUGUGGACUCUGAUGAAGAACCGUCCUCUAGCAGUACCGACAUCAACAUGGAGGGCCCCAACCACAAGAGGAAGCUGCAGGAAGGGGACGAGAGCAUGCGAACGAAAAAGAUGCGCACAAACCCGUCUUCAGCGCAGCAAGAAGACGAUGACAUCAUUGCACUGGACUAGACUGCCUUGCAGAUUGCAUUAUGUCUGUAAUUGAGCCAUGUGUACAAAUGUCAGAAGAAAGCUGUAAAAUAUUAACAAACACCCCUUCACUUUUCUAACUGCCUCACUACUGUUGUGUACCGUAUAAGUGCAAAUAGGCAAAUGUGCGUAUGUAUUUGCUUAUAUGCAGAACUAGUAGGUUAAGAGACUAUUAGAAACUCAAGUAGAAGGCUUUGUGUGGUCUUUUUUUUCACAUUUAUUUGAACAACCUGCCAUUUUGUAGUAUAGUUAACGUCAAAACAUCUUUGCCCCCAUGUUGAGCAUUUUCACGCGGCAUUAUGUGAGGUUCUGUGAAUUUCAGCUUCAUUCUAGAACACCGGCACAUUGACCAGAAUAUGAAAACAAAGCAGUAACUCGCAUAUUCACAAAAAAAUAUCCGCUGAACUGUCUGUUUGUACAAUUAUACAACAUGUACAUAUUGUUGCUAAGUAUAUUUUAACAAACACGUUGCCCUUUCACUCAGUUAACAUUUUAUUUAUUCAUUUAUUUUUUAUCACAAAAAUGCCCCAGCUUGUAAAUGACCAAUAGCAGAUUUUUUUCACAUGUUUUGAGACUAAGUAGACAGCAGUACAAGUAGAACAAAGCAGGCAACAAAAGCCAAAGGGUGUUUAGUAGUGUUUAUAUUUGUGUCAAAAAAAAGCUGUUUGCAGGUCUUGAAGUCACAGGGUGGGUGAAUGGAAUGGUUUACUCUUCAAAAUGUGUGCUUUUACAGCUGGACAGUAUUUGGUGCACAAUUCUGUUUUUUUGAAGAAAUGAGAAGUCUCUUGUUAAUUGGAAAAUCACCUAUGAAUAACUAUGUUCUGUAUUCCUUUGAAUGUAAGACGCCCACAAAUUUCCCAACCUUAUUUUUUAGAAAAAAAUAAAACAAAUGCAUUUAUGAAGUUACAACCACAAUUACGCAUAUGGAGGCAGUUUGCGGCUGUCACACAUAGCAUUACAGUUAUGUGCUGCUUCUCAUUUCCAGUUGUGAUUUACCCAUACCAGUUUUUCUCCUUUUCUUGGUAGUCAGUCACAUUGCUGUUUGUGUACUCGGGUAGUAGAGUCAUUUUUUUUUGUUGCCGAUUUUUAAAAAGUGUCUUAAAUUUGAAGGAAUAUGGUAUAUUGAGUGGAAAGUUUAUUUUUGCCAAUGUAACUGAAGUAGGCCCUGCCUAAAGAACUGAUAAUCAUGGCUGUUUUAAAAAAAAAAAAAAAAAAAUGCACACACACACAUUUGGACCUAAAAACAUUAGAUCUGGGCCUCCUUUUCUUGUUUUUGUUAUGUAAUUAUUUAAUUCAGGAUAUGCAGGUAUUUCAAAAGCAACUUUUUCUAACUAAAUCUGCAGCGACUUCCUGGUACCUAAUCACUUCCUGUGAUGUAGGCAAAUUCCACCCCAGUGGUCAAACUGACCCACAUCACAGGAAGUGAUUAUGUACCAGGAAGCAGUUAUUUUAACUAUACAGGAUUAUAUUUUUAGUGAUGUGAAGGGCUGACAGCUGCCCUUGUGCACCAUAGCUUAACAUUUUUACACCUGCUAUUUGGUGUAAGGAGGGAAUUUUGAUUAAAGUCUGUGAUGUUUGAAACACGUGCUUUGUCAAUUUGACUCCGUCAGCAUCACCGUAUACGUUUCUGGGAAAGACUUAAGUUUGUUUUUCAGUACAGGUAUGCGGCCAGGUUACAAUGAUGCAAGCCUCAUUUUUUUGUGUGUAUUGCUACAGUCUGUUAUUUAUAUUUGACAUUUUUGUAAAACACAAAACUAUACUGUACCUUUUGGACCAAAUAAAGAACGACUGAA